AUGAUGCAAUUUAUGCUGUUAUUCAGUAGACAAGGGAAGCUUCGACUUCAGAAAUGGUACACGGCAUAUCAAGAUAAGAUGAAGAAGAAAAUUUGUCGUGAGCUGAUUACUCAAAUUCUUUCGAGAAAACCCAAAAUGUGUGCUUUCCUCGAGUAUAAGGAUCUCAAAAUAGUAUAUAAGAGGUACGCAUCGCUCUACUUUUGCUGUGCUAUUGAGCAAACUGAUAAUGAACUGAUAUGUUUGGAAAUUAUUCAUAGAUACGUGGAGUUACUGGAUAAAUACUUUGGAAGCGUUUGCGAGCUUGACAUCAUUUUCAAUUUUGAAAAGGCCUACUUUAUACUCGACGAAUUCUUGCUUGCUGGUGAGAUUCAGGAGACAAGUAAAAAGCAAGUUCUAAAAGCGAUCGCUGCUCAAGAUCUCAUUCAAGAGGAAGAAACGCCUCAAGGCCUGUUCGAAGACCACGGACUCGGAUAA